AAAUUUUCAUUUUAAAGUUACAAAAAAUUCUUAAAUAGUACAUUAUUUUCGACUCGUUCAGAUAAUCGUCCAUGUUUUUAUAAAAGGAAAAAAAAUAAAAAAAUAGAAGAAUUCUUAAAUUGGUUGUAAAGUCAAGCCCCAAAAUUCGGAAGCCUCUAGAAUGACCAUCCAAAGACUGAAGUGCGACCUCAGCCCCGAGGUGACCACCUGUCUGCGGCUGAAGGACAGUGUCCGUCCGGACUGCUGUCCCAUCCGGGACCCGAUUCCCUACGAUGGCGAGUGUUUCGUGCGGGACAUUGGCAAGGAGCUGGAGAAGUUGUCGCAGCGCCAUGAGCGCAUUUUUGUGAAGCGCCAGCGGCUGAUGGAGAUGGCGAUCCCCAGGCGGCGCCAGUGCCGCUUCGUGCCCAAGUGCGCCUGUCCCUUCCCCAAGUCCAUCGAAAUGGUCCGUCCCUGCGAUGCCCAGAGUCACACGCGCACCGAACAACUGGCCCUGCCCACGGUCCGCCGGCUGCUCCAUCGGAGGAAGCUGGCCAUCCUCGCCGGCGACCCGAUCGGCGAGUCCAUCCUGAACCGAUGGUUGCGCUACAGCUACCUGUCGCUCUACAGUCGGCUCUCAAAUACCCAGCCCCUAGUAAAACCAAAGAAAAAGAAGAAGAAGACUGAAAAGCAGUUGGCUAAGCACGAAAAGUAUAUUCAAAAGUUGGCGAAGCCAAAGGAAGCUCCAAAACCACCGAAACCGGAACGAGCUGCGGGGGAGAUCGACCAGGAGCGCCUGAAGAAGCUGGCGAGUCCCAAAGCCUUUGUGGAGGAGCUCAAGCCCAAAUGGGAACUGACCUCCCAGAUGAAGGACUACAAGGCCUCCAAGCGGCUCAAGCAAAUAUCGCAGCCCAUCACGCGGGAUAACGUGCACAUCAACGACAACCCCGAGAAGGUUUCACCCAAUGCCCUCAAAUACAAACCGAGUCCCCGCAUCAAGGAAAUGUCAGAGCCACUGAGGACGCGCGAUGCCAACCAGGGAUUGGCCGAUGUCAAGGAGAAUCCUUUCGGGAUCGCCCCAAAUGCGCUCAAGUACAAGCCGAGCACGCGCAUCAAGGAGCUGGCGGAGCCCAAGGAGUUCGAGAACACGCACAUCCGGGAGAAUCCGUUCGCCAUUUCGCCGGCGGCCCUGAAAGCCAAGGCCUCGCCACGCCUCAUCGAAUUGGCCAAGCCCAAGGGCGGAUGAAUCCAUCAGAGCCUCUUAAAAAUCAAUACUGUUAUAUUUGGUGUCCUAAGAUUUGCAUUUUGGCUACGUUUGGUAUCAAGUUUUCCAUUAAAUUUGUUUUUGGUUUUCUA